UGCUCACGUGCGCUCCCAGGUGUGGUGACGCCGACAACGCGGAAGUGUGAUGUAAACAGCAGCACAGGGAGCCGCUGAAACCAGUUGUCCUCUCUCAGACACGAUGGCCAACAACAGCGAGAUUAGAUACUGCCACAAAUUCUCAUAUUUUGUCCUCAAAUUCACACUGUUCGCCUAUGCUAUCAUCUGGUGGCUGAUAGGGGGCUUUAUCCUGGGCAUCGGGAUAUAUGCUGAGGUGGAGAGACAACGCUACAAGACUCUGGAGGGAGUGUUUUUGGCCCCAGCUGUGAUCCUAAUCCUUUUGGGAAUUGUCAUGUUCAUAGUUUCAUUCAUUGGGGUCUUGGCUUCAUUAAGAGACAAUCUAACCCUGCUGAAAGUGUUCAUGUACACCCUGGCUGUGUGUCUUAUCCUGGAGCUGCUUGGAGGAAUUUUGGCCCUCGUGUUUCGCAACCAGACGGUGGAGUUAUUGAACAGGAACAUCCGGCGAGGCAUCAUAAACUACUAUGAUGACUUGGACUUCAAAAACAUCAUGGACUUUGUACAGACAAAGUUUAAGUGCUGUGGGGGCAAGGAGUUUAAAGACUGGGAAGUCAACAUGUACCACAACUGUACGGCACCUGGUCCAUUGGCCUGUGGCGUCCCGUACACCUGCUGCAUUACCACUAAGCCUAAUGAGGUGGCCAACACUUUGUGUGGAUACCAGGUGUUAAAAAAAGAACGUCUGGAUUUGAUUGACACCAUCAACAUCAGAGGCUGCACUGAUGCUUUCUUCAUUUGGUUGAUGGACAACUAUAAGAUUAUGGCUGGACUGCUACUAGGGAUUCUUCUGCCUCAGUUCUUUGGUGUAAUAAUCAGCUGGCUGUACAUCACGCGUGUUGAAGAUGCCAUCAUUGAGUGCGGUCACUACACAGAUGGACUACUGAACUCAAGCGCACAGGAAAAACAAGCCAAGAGGCAGCACCACAUGGCCAAAUGGUUCAUGUGCAUGCCAGAGAUCGACUGAGACACAACAAAUGAACUCUGGCCAACACUCACAGUUGGUUACAUUACUGCAGUCGAUCCAGAUACUGCUGCAGCUGCUGUCGGCUGCAGGGUUGCUGUCUGUUAUCCAUUGAGGGGUGGUGGGGAGGGGAGGGGCGUUUCUAUGUUAUUGUUAUGGGGGAAGGGUUUUGUCUUAAGAUAAUUGAAACAGAGAUAGAUGUGUGUUUUUUUCCAUUCUGUAUGUAUCCAAAACAGAAAUGUUUGCAGGGUCCACUGUGUAAUGAAUUAUUAAUAACUGUGUUAACAUACAGUGCACUUAUGCAUGAGUGGGAAAUAAGAGCUCCUUUAGAUGUGUGCUUUUAGUUGCAAUGUGCCUCAGACUGACUCAGGGAUAAACGCACAAACCAACAGGACUCUUCUUGAUUCUGGUUUCAAGGAAGUUCAUGAAAAAAAUUAAGUUUAGCACUGACCUCUAUAUCUUUCUGUUUUAAGCACCAUUUAGAAAUGAUUAGACUUGCUUGUUUUCAGUUAUUUGAAAGCAGGACAUGUUUCACUUAUUUGUGUUGAGGACCCCAAAUACUGCUUUAUUUUAUAUAUAUAUGAGCCCGCGUAGAAGCAGUACUUCUACGAUACUCUGCGUAUUCCUCUGUGACCACAAGUGCUUUAACCUCCAUGAUGAGUCCAGACUACACAAGUGCUGUCUGUAAUUCUCAGAUUUAUUACACACAUUUUCUUCAUCAAAGCUUCAUUCAAACCCAAAUCAACUGCUCAUCUGUUCAUCUUCAGUCAUUUUUCCAGUGUAAUUAGAAAAUGCAAAGCAGGUCUGGUCGUGUAGAGUGAGGGAGUCUGCUUGUUAGACAGUUUUUCAGCUUCAUUUUGAUGUAAGAGAUGAGUUAUAAUGCAGUGUGGCCCACAUAAUAAGCCGAUACCUCAGGGUUAUUAGUAAUCACAGGGACUCAGUCUCCUAGAAAAGUUCAUUAUGUGCCUCUAAUUUAAAACAGAAAAUUAAUUUGUGAGAAGGUCUCAUCUGAAUGAGGUAUUCCAUCAACAUGACAGAAAGAACUCUUGUGCUUAGUGGUAGUGCGUCUAUGAAAAUGUACCUCAACUUCCCAAAAAGUUUCUGUCUGCUAUGCCGUCUGAUAAUUCAGUCCCCCUCUCAUAACCUGAUAAGUUUUCUCACUACACUCAGUAACGUGUCGACACAUAACACAAUCGAAGGAGCAGUUACAGAUUUGGUUAAACCAAUUACAAAUGUAAUUCCAGGAGACAGAGUUUAAAAGUAUUUGAAGUUGCCUUGAAAUAUUCAGAAGUAUGAAAUUCGAUGGGGUUAAGUUUUAUAUGUAUGGAUGUUAAUAGGAAUUUGUCAUUUAUAUGAACUUAAUAUCCGAGGGAACCUUGUAUGGGUUAUGUGAAGUUUGAACCUGACUAAAAACAAAGUCUGAUUGUUUGUGCAUUAUUUUUUUUGUAUCUCCCUGUCUUUGUGUCUUUAUGUGACUUCACAUUCUUAAUGAUGUUCAUAUUAGUUCCUGCUGUCCCCACCGCCACAACAUGUCUGCCAGCAUUUCAAAAUUGAGUUUUUUUUCACUUAUUCCCUCUUGUAUGAAUUCAUGUGUGAACUGGACCUGCAAAGAUUUUACAUGCUAAUCUUGUUUGUAAAACACAUCAGUCAAGCCAGAUGUGUUUUAGUCCAGGCUGAAGUAAUACAGCUCAUGUUCACAGCUGCAGAUGAAUUAAAGUAUAUUAGAAGUAUUUAACAGGUUUUAUGAUUUAUGAAUUAAUUGGUUGGUGGGUUGGAGGUAAACAUUUGAAUAAUCAACUGGUUUAGGGUUUAUAAGGUGCUAUAGUUACUAAUAACAUCUGACAGUAUGGCUGCCAUCUCACUGAAUCUAAUUAUCCCACAGAAAAAAAACAUUUUUUACACAUUUCUACUGGUCUCAAUUGACAGGAAAGGCCUCACAUUCAACACAUGACAGCCUCUUACUGAUUUAAAGACGGGGGAGGGAAAGGUCAGAUUUUUAAUGGAUUUAAAAUGAAGACUGAUUUAUUCCACGUUAUUUAUCUUCCUCAUUAAAUCAGACAUACUAAUGGUAAUGAGUUUCAAGACUACAUUACAUAUGUGGCAGCUUCACUGGUCAGUUUGUCAGAGAAAACUUGCCUAGAAUGCAGAACUAUUCCUCCAUCUUCUACUUUGCUUCUUGUUUUUGAACUAAAUGUGUUUUAUUGAGCUCUGGUACAUAAGUCAAGUGUUAUUUAGUCCUCAUGGUGCGUUUUUGUUAAGAUUUAUGAAGAUUUGUCAUACUCUAUGAUACUGUCAUACCAAAGAUGUUCUAAUUGCAUUUUUUUUAAGUGUACAGAAUGAAUGAUGGUUUCUAUAAAUAUACUUCAUGACGUAUGACUGCAAUGAUGACCUUUAUGUAACCAUCAUUAUUAAAGCGUUCUGUGACAGUGCCUACACAUCACAUUCAAAGUCUUUAAAGGAAUAACAUAACCUGUAAAUACAUCUGCACAGUUAAUUGCCAGGAUGUUCAGAUUACUUCCGGUGUGUUUGCCGUGCCCUGUGUGCGCUCACUUGGAGUAACAUCAUCUAUCUUCGAAGGUUAGGAUCAUCAUGAGGUCAUUGAGUUGGAAAAAAGCACAUUCAAUAGUAUGUUUUGCCAGGUUUAGAGCAGAGAAUAAAAUAAUUUCUGCAGUUUGA